AUGUAUCACACUCAAGGCGCUCACUCCAUUAUAAUGACAAAGUUAUACCCCUUAACUUACUUGAAGGGAAAUAAAAUUUUAUUCCGAAACCCUAAACAGUACUAUAAUUAUGGAACAACAAAAGGGGUGAUGACUCCACAAAGUCUUUGCCAUCAUUUUAGAAGACACAGAUGUGCAGAGACGGUAUAUUCAUUUUAUUAUGAGAAUUUCUCAACACUAGAAAGGAAUAAUAACCCGUCUGAAGGCCAAAAUGAAGACCAGGAGGGUAAGUGCCAUAAGCGCGAUUCUUUGAGCACAAGUGGAAAGGAGCAGGGGAGGGUAAGGGAAGCAAACAAUACGGAGGAAGCAAUAAAUGGAACUAUGGAGGAAAGACACAACGAGCCAAUCUCGACAGAUGAUGUAUUCCAAGAAUUUGGAUACAAAUAUGAAAAGCACGAACCAACCAUGUUUGGUGAUUGGGCCCAUAAAUGCAGAGUCACAGAUUUUUAG